AUGGCAAGCGACGAAGAUGAUAUUCCUCAGAUCUCAGAUCUUGCCGGAGAAUGCGAGGACCUUUUCGAGGACCUACAGUCAUUGUUGUCAGGAAUAAGCGACAAGGCCAGCCGGGUUGUUCAAGGGUGCCAACAACGGUUUGAACGUUGGGCUAGCUAUCUCGGUGUUUUUGCUGCCCCUCAAGCCUCCCUUGAUAGCCGCCUGAAAUCCACUCCCGAUAUUCGCGAUUUAGUUAUUCAGCUGCUUCUAACGUUAAAGAGAAAUAUACAAUACGGCAUCAAAUUCGAGUCGACGAGACCAAAGCUGGGAUCCAUAUUAGUGGAUAAUGACCGGACGAAAACCGAGGUUGGUGAACAGUUCGAGGUCGCCCAGCAGGCAGUCCUGCCAAUGACCCAGGCCGCCUUGGACGGAAUUCAUGGAGCAAUAGAUCGACUUCACCGAAUUGGAACCACUAUCCGGAAAUCCUCUACCUCUAAUUUUCUUUCAAAAGGUCGAAGAUUGGGCCAAAACCACAAUGAUGAAGACGAAUUCUUCAAGAAUAUAGCGUCAUUAGUCAUAUCUGGGCUUUAUCCUAGUAUUAGUGAGAAAUUCAUAGAGCAGUUGGCCCGGUCUAUCCUAGUUCGAAAACAACGACUCUCGUAUCAAAGGAAGCAUCAAAGGAAGCUAGAGAAGAGAUAUAAACCUCAGAAGGAGACAGUGAUAAUUUUAGAACCGGUGCCGGACAUUGAAUUAUCUCAUGUCGAAAUUCAGCAGAAACUUGAUGAGAGCUCUGGGGUUGAAACAUCGGUACCACCGAAUGAUACCGGCACGAUUUCAUCCAAGGUUGACGCAUAUACAGCGACGCUUCCGUCGGUGAUUAAUUCUUUCAACUUUCGGCUUCAUCUAAAUGAAGCUCCUAGGGCGGCUCUUGGGCCCCCAUCAACGACUUCAAUUGCCCACGGAAACCCGUAUCCUUCUCCUCCCAAAACGCAGCCCGGGGAUAAAUAUUGUCAUUGUGAAUGGUGUUUCGUGGAACUUGAGGUUCUAGAAGAUAAAGCACAGUGGAGGCGUGCCUGGAGCGAUGAAAUUUCUUCAAAGCAGUUUGAUAUGGUGACGAGGCGUAAUUCUCCAUCUGUCCCGAGAGGUUCUACCGUUUGCCCACUAUGCGCGCAAGACGUUUUAAGUCUUAACACAGAGAACAGUGAAAUGGAGCCGGGGGACUACGGUACCUCGACACCGAUCGUCCCUAACAAAGCAGAGAAAAAGGUUGCGUUUCAAGUCAUCGAAGUGAAGUGUUCUAAUGACACUGAACUUAACACAUCUGAUUCCGAGGAGGAGUUCGAAGAAGAUGACCAAGUCAAUCAUAAAAAGGUGGUCGCUCAUGUUGCAAACCAUUUGAAAUCUCUCGCAUUUGUAUCAUUACGAUACUUCAAGGAUGACGAUGAUGAUACCGUUUCUGUCGAGAGCCAAGAUGCGGCUCUCGAGCCCAGCGAAGACCGAUCUUCGAGCAAAAGGAGAUGCGGCGACCAUCAUUUCGAUCUAGACAGUUCUUUAUCCUUCGAAGAUAUUCCUCUUGAUGAAAGGGACCUCAAUGACGGAUUAAGCGAAGGUAUACGGUCGCUAGCCUCUGACAGUAUGAUAAUCUCCACGAUUGAAGAAAACAUUGAGAGAACAGACUUUAGACCGGAUGGGGAGGAUGAGCCGAAAAUCCUGGACUGGCUCACGACGUACGAUUACAGCAAAUCGCAAGCCUCUUUUUUCAAGCAGACGCAAGAAACGACUGGCGAGUGGCUUCUGAAGUCUGACCAGUACCGGAAAUGGCUGGACGAUGACCACCAGAUGCUAUUUUGUCCCGGGCCACCCGGGUCAGGAAAAACUAUCCUAGCGUCUAUCGUCAUUAAUGAUCUGAGCAGCUGGCUCCUUCACUCUGAUAUCGGUAUUGGAUACAUAUUUUUCGAGUCUAGGCGAAGCCAAGAUCAAAAUGUCAAUGAGCUACUGUCAAGCCUCCUGCGACAAUUAGCGUCUUGUCGAUCAACUCUGCCGUCAGACGUGCGAAAGUUGCAUGAACACUAUACCAUAAGAGGAACACGACCAUCAAAUGAUGAUAUUUUCACAACCCUUUUGUCGGUGUCUCGAGAAUUCGAGCGAAAAUUUUUCAUCAUUGACGCCCUUGAGGAGUGUCUGGAGGACAACAGCUGCCGGAAAAUUUUUACCUCGCGACUUCUGCAACUUUACAAUACAUGCAAUUCGAGCGUCUUUGUCACCUCUAGGACCUUAGCAACUAUAACAAACGCGUUUGGGGUUGGCGAUGUAGUUAAGAUUCGUGCAUAUGAAGCGGACGAAGGAACCCACCUAGACCCUAGUAUAUCGAAAUCCGGGCUACCGCCGCCUACGGAGAACGAAACGCCAACUAAGUGGGCAAUAUUGAUUGGAGUUGAUCACUACAUAAGUGGUAUAACGAGGCCAGGGAUGAAAUUUCACAACUUGAAAGGUUGUGUAGAAGAUGUAAACCAGACCGAGAAAUACCUACGAACAGCCUUAGGUGUAAGGGAAGCUCAGAUAUGGCGGCUCACCGCCACCACUCCUAGCGACAUACAACAACCCGCUGCCGCCGUCAGCGGCAACCAUAAGGGACCAAUCGAGCCAGUAGAGACCCGGUCCCAGUGGCCUACCUAUGAAAAUAUUAUUAGCCGACUUCAAAUGAUUACACAAAUGGCUGAACCAAAUGAUAUCGUCUACAUACACUACUCAGGACACGGGGCCCGAGUCACUACAAUGUUUGAAGAAUUGAAGGGCGCACGGGAUUUUGAUGAAGCCAUUGUACCAACGGAUAUCUGCUCAGGGGAGCGGUAUAUCCGGCAUGGUGAAAUUUCAUAUCUUCUCCAGAAGAUGGUCAAGAAGAAACUAGUUGUCACAGUUGUGCUAGACUGCUGCUACACCGUGUUUGGCAAUCGCGGCAACAUGAGGAACACAUCCUUGAGGAGUAUUCCACAAAUAGAUAACGUUAGGCUCGAUAGCGAUUUCUCAGUAUUACCACGAGAGGAACUUGCUACCCUUUGGAACAAAUUUGCUGGCGGAAAAGGACGCUUCAAAUUUGAGAGUUACCCGCUACUAGAGCCUCGCGGAUACACAGUUCUUGCCGCAUGCCAAGCGAAUGAAUAUGCUAUGGAAGAGCAGUUUGACAAUAAGACUCAAGGGUUAUUAACUUAUUUUUUAAUCGAUACCCUCAGAAACAGCCCACGACCACAAGAUCUUACAUACUACAGAUUGUGGAGCCUUGUAGCUGCGAAAGUACGCAAUCACAAUAGUCAACAAACCGUGAUGCUGGGUGGUGAGGCGGAUCAUCUAUUCCUCAGUUCAGGCUGUCUUUCCUUUUCAACAGCGACCAUAACAGAUUUACAAGAAGCCGAAGGAAAUACUAUCGCCAAAUUGGACGUCGGUGGUCUACAAGGCCUUUCAAAAGGCAUUGCCUUGAACGCGUGGCCUAUUUUAUGUAGCAACACCGAAUUAUCUAAGCCGAUGGCUCUGCUUCGGGUAUCUGAGGUGGAGGAGUUUGUGUCAAAUGCGGAGGUAGAAUGGCAUGAUGAUUCCAAGGGCCGAUUAGAACCUGGCUGUCUAGUUAAGCCGCAUCCCGUACGGGUGCAAAGGCCAGUACAGUUUAUCCGAUCCGAACCAGGGGAGAUCAAUAAUCAAGGUGAAGAUGCUAUACAGUUUAUCCGAUCUGAAACAGGGGAGGAUUAUCACAGUACCAACUUGGUCCCUAUUACAAAUGAUUCUACCGAGGCUUUUUUCCGAGUGCACAUACGAGAUGGGAAUUACAUAAUCUUAGAUGGGAUGGACCAACCCUUCGACUAUAUGACUCCAACUAUAUCCAUAUACUCUACAGGCUCAACUACAACGCUCAUGCAGCAUCUCACACAUAUAGCAAAAUAUUUCAAUAUUUUAGACUUGGAAAACGCAGACACCGGUACGCCUUGGCUCUCCGCCAGUGUUACUAGCACGCCGGAUGAAUACCCAUCAAUGCCGCAGGUCACCACAGAUCCACCAAGAAAUAGAGCUUCAGCUUCCAAUGAAAUUUUUGACAUAAAUUCAGAUUGCAAGCUACUGCUUCAGGUCGAGAAUACCUCGAGCAAAAAAUUGUAUAUAACGCUGAUAAAUCUUGAUUUACAUUGGAAUGUUGAAAGAGUACAUUUUCUGGCGAGGGUGGGAUUGAAAAAUUAUCAGAUACUUGAGCCAGGCGAAACCUUAAGCCUCCCAUUACACCUGGCCAUCCCAGACGACUCAGUUCAACCGGAAAUUAUCGAUACUCUGAAGGUUUUCGCUACAACUGGGCCCACAGGCUUCCGAUGGCUAGAACUUCCGCGUCUUGAUGAGGGAUACAGGUUCCGCAACUACCAAAUAAAUGAGCCGGAGCCGAAAAAUGCACUUGGGGCCUUGCUAGUAGAUAUAACAGAGCCUAAAAAGCCUCAAGCAUCAGCUUUCGUUCCUUCGGGGUGGAGCAUUACCCGAGUGGCCAUAAGAUGUUCGAAAAAGAUGUUGUAG